AUGGCUGACCAGUGUGGUCUGGGUGCAGAUGGAACUCUCCUCGACGCCAGUCAAAUCCAAUGGUACAAUGAUCCCGACAACGAUACUCCACUGCCUGUGCUUCCCGCUCAGGCACGUCGCUCAACUCAUAUCCCAUGUCCUGCACCCAAGCUUGUUGACCCCAACAACGCUGUCUUGCGCAAACGCAAGGCUAGCAGGUCAGUGGUCACGAGUGAGGGCUCUGAGGAGGAAAGUGACUGUGAAGGAGACCAGGAUAACGGGCGUCAAUACACAGCGCCUAACUCAAACCCUAACCCUACCAUGAAAGCAUCUAUCAUUCCUGAAAUACCUUUAGCGCCUACGACACAUGUCUUCGAUGUGACUGAUGAAGAAGACAAGUUCUUUGAUUGUGAAUAG